AUGACGAAUUCGGAUGCGGAUUACACGUCAGAUGAAGACUGGUGGAUAGAUGCCAUCGAAGUGGAUACAUUCCAUUCGAUGACACUCGAUGGAGAAGAUGGUUUGUGGAAUUCUCCGUUCGUACCACCUCCUCCAAGACCCCCAUUUUUAGAUGAUGAUGUUGCCACUGAUGGUGUCACCACCUGCGAUUUGUGUACCUGGGCAAGGCAUCACCCCUUAGGACCGGAAUCAUUAGAUGGUAAAGAAAUAAGUUGGGUGAUGACCCUAAUUAUAGUCUCUCUGUUGUCAGCACUGAUAGGUGCUGUAGUCAUGAUAACGAUAAUUAAAUGUAGGAACAGAUUAAAACAUUUAGGACACUCAACAGGUUCGUGUUUUUGUCUUCGAAGAGACGACGAACGAGAACCGCCAUCUAUACACUUGUCGAACAGAUCGACGAGUAGAGCAAGUAGCAAAGAAUUUGAAAACACAUAUCAUUUACCCCGUGAUAGAAUAGAUGGAAGCGAAGAUAGAAGACAGAGGAGGGUGUGGUAUUGGUUGUCGAGACGUCCACCGACAGCACCGACACAAUUGGGUUCAUCAGCACCCAUAGCACCAGAUAAUCAUUACACAGUAGAAGAAACUUAUCCUAACAACGGCGAAGCGUUAUAUGCCGAAUUGGAUCGUGUUUCCUCAAACAGUCCUGCUUAUCAAAACACUGGAUAUGCAGAUUCUGAACCUGAGCCGGAUUGUUUACCCUCUUCGGCACCUAGCAGUGCUUAUUAUAGCGAUUUAUCAUGUGCUCCGUCCGAUAGAACCUACGAAGCUGUCGGCCCUCCCGAUACUGGUACUACGUUUUGGGAUUCAAAUCGUAGGCCUCCACCUUUAAGACUGUCUUCCAUAUGCGAAAUGAUAACGGUGCCUUCGGAUUACGUAUGA